ACCGGCCCCCGACCCGGUUAAAUCGAGAGCAAUUUUACCGUUUCCGUCCGGCAGAUUCCACUGUUCUUCUUCCUCCCGUCGGUCGGGUUCCGCUUCCACCAAGCAAGCAGAGACCCAGUAGCGAGCAAUGGCGGCCGCGCUCAGGAGGGCCGUCGCGCAGCGCUUCGCGGCGGCGCCGCAGGCCACCUACGGGAUGCGCCGCUUCACGCAGGAGCGGCCCGCGUUCCGCCCCACCAUGCCCCCGGACGCCGGGUUCUUGCCCCUGGCUGACCGGAUCCGCGACCACCUCGGCGUCUCCUUCCCGCGCAUCAACCUCGACGGCCUCGUCCCGCCCGCCGCCCCGCCUGCCCCUCCUGCUCCGGCGAGACAGGAGGCGACGGCGGAGGUGGGCAGCCUGACGGUGGCGGAGGCGCGGAAGGUGCUGCGCGCCACGCAGAUGGAGGCGGCGCGGGCCCGGGUGCGGGCGUCCCGCGAGGGCGCCGUGCCCUACGCCGACUUCCUCAGGCUCUGCUGCGACGCAGCGGGCGCCGACGCCGGACCCUCCGUCGGCAUCGACACUAAAUAUGAAGCAUUCCUGAAUUUUCAACUCAUUAAUGGUGCCAGCAUAUACACCCAUCAUAUGCCAAACUCUCAAAAGAAAAACAUCGUCAAAUUACAGGAAAUGUUUUUGUCCUUGUUAUUCAAAUUGCAGGUUGUGAAAGCAAUUGAGAAGGUGAUACCCAUGCCGCGAGCCCCAGCCAUCGCCGAGAACGACCCUGCAAGGGAAGAGCUGAAGGCGAUGGAGGCCGUGAAGGCGGACAUCGACCGCAGAGCCACGCUCCAGGUGCGGCGGGAGCUGUGGGGAGGGCUGGCUGCCCUGGCCCUCCAGACGGCCGGCUUCAUGAGGCUGACGUUCUGGGAGCUGUCCUGGGACGUGAUGGAGCCCAUCUGCUUCUUCGUGACCUCCACCUACUUCAUGGCCGGCUACGCCUUCUUCCUCCGGACCAAGAGGGAACCGUCGUUUGAGGGCUUCUUCCAGAGUCGCUUCCUGGUGAAGCAGAAGCGCCUGAUGAAGGCCCAGGACUUUGAUCUCCGCCGCUACAGCGAGCUCCGGCGAGCCUGCGGCCUUCCGGCGCUGCAAGCUCAAAGUAGUCCCUGCGAGUUCGCCCAGGAUAGCAAUUGCCAUUCUUACUGCCAGUGUCAUUGAUCUGUUAUUGCCAAUUCUUUGUGCCCAUUUGAUGUGGCUGCUCUUCAUGUACCGUUCUGGAACGCGGAGCGUACUCAUUGGAGAAUUUUAAGUUGGAUUCAGGUUAAACUCGAAA